AUGCCUUUCCCCUACGGCCUCUUCUUGGUUGCCAUUGUGACGCAAACAGCAGCCCAGAGACAACCUGACAUCCCUUACCAAAUUACCGCUGACUAUCCAGCCGGUUGUUAUGGAGGCCCUGGUCCAGGGGAUGGAAGCAACAUUGCCGAGCUUCAAGCGCCUUGCUGCAUUUACAACGUGAAGGGAUACACAGUCGGUGCAAGAGAAGCUCGGGUUUAUAGAGAAACUGCCGGUAUCAUACUCAACACCAACAGGCAUAAUUUAGCUGGCACCAUGCAAAUAAACGUCACUUUGAUGUUUAACAUCUCCCUGCUCCAACCCAAGUUCAUCGGUGCCGAAGUUGAGACGUAUGGAUUGGCUCACCUGAGUGUCGGCGAUGAAAAGCGAGAAUUCUACUUGUCCAUAGGCGGGGGCAACGUGAAACGCUCUUAUGGCACUGGAAUGAUGGUCUACACUCCAAUUAUUGAGGGUGGUUUUAUUCCUAACAAGGGGAGUGUUGUCCAUAUUUGGGGGGUAGAUACUCUAAAAGGUAUGGCUACCUCAUCCGGCCUGUUCUUAACUGCUACUCACAAGCCCGCCACCAAUGCAGAAGAGGUCAAUUUCUUUUCAACAACAGACCUUUACAUGGAGAAGAGAAAAGAUGGUUGGGGUUUCAAGUUGGAAUACUUCUUCGAUGAUUUGACUCAAAAAAUCAAAUAUUACGACAAGUAUGCUAUCCGCGGUUAUUUGCUGGACAAUAUUAUAGGGUGA